AUGUGUCACGCCUGGCACCGCAAAGCUUUUUCGGAGUUUAACAGUCUUGCAACUAUGUGCGGUGGAUAUCUACUGAGCAUGCUUUGGCUUCAAUCCUGGCUAUUGGUUUACUAUGCCGGGCGAGUAGCCGAUAAACACCCGUUGCCCAAUGGUGUCAGUGAUCGGAAUGGAAACGGGGUGAACAAAUCCAAUUCUUUGCUGAAUAUUCCCCAAAAGCAUCGUUCUCAACAACUUCCGUCCACCAUCCAACCUCAUCCAGCUCAGCAUCAAUCAACCUCCGGCGCUCUGGAGCGAAGAAACUCGAACAGUGACCUCACACCGGUGUUCGAUGAUUCAGAGAACUUUUAUCGAGUUAUCAAGCAUGACCAUAUUGCCUAUCGUUUCGAAGUACUUUCCGUCUUGGGCAAAGGCAGCUUCGGUCAGGUUGUAUUGGCCAUGGAUCAUAUGAAAGGCAUGCAGGUGGCGAUAAAAAUAAUUCGAACGGAAUCCCGGUUCACACGACAGGCACGUGAAGAGAUUCGUAUUCUGGAAGAGUUACGCAAACUACGCAGUAACAAUUCCAAGGAUCCCGAUGGUCUGGAUUUUCCUAUUGUUCAAAUGUAUGAGCAUUUCACAUUCCGCAAGCACAUAUGCAUGACAUUUGAAUUGUUGAGUAUCAAUCUGUACGAUUUACUCAAGUUAAACAAAUUUGCCGGUUUACCACGGGAUCGAGUGCGUCGGAUCAGUUUUCAAGUCCUUAAAGCACUGUGUUUUGUCAGCAAGGCGGGUAUCAUACAUUGUGACCUGAAACCGGAAAAUGUUCUGCUUAUCUGGCCUCCGGAGAAAGAUUCAUCGCAUGCGAUGCACAAUACCAAUGGUGCAGAUACAUCCGUGAAUCAGGCGAAUUCCAAAGACACUUUGCCACCUUUCGACCACCAACAAGAUUUCAUCAAACUGAUCGAUUUUGGUUCAAGUUGCUUUCAGAAAGGAACAACCUAUCCGUACAUACAAUCUCGAUUUUAUCGAGCCCCAGAGGUUAUUCUUCGAUUGGGCUACUCACAACCGAUCGAUAUCUGGAGUUUCGGGUGUCUUGUGGCAGAACUGAUCAAUGGGCUUCCCCUGUUUCCGGGCGAGGAUGAAGCAGAUCAACUGGCCUGUAUUAUGGAAAUCUUGGGACCCCCACCGAUAGAUCUAAUCCAGAACAGUCCACAUAUUGAUCGAUUUUUCGUGAAAUAUCGAUCUGAGAGAUCAAAAUCUAGCGAUAUCCUAAACUUCGUCGAUAGAAUGAACAACGGAGUACGGUCGGACGUGACCUAUUUGCCCAGAUAUUGUUUUAUUCGCUAUCCAGAAGGUGGAGGCUCACCCGAACUGUUGCCGGGUGUUUCAAAACGAACCGGAAAUGUCCGAGGUGUUCCCGGCAGUAUGCCGCUGCUUAAAGCUAUAUUAGAGCCACGACAUCGGCGUUUUCGUCGUAAAGAUCCACAGAGUAUGGCUAAUUUGACCAGUACUUCAAACUUUUGUAAAUCACCUGAGGAAGAAGCUGCCCUAAUGAAAGACAACGAAUUGCUCCUGGGAUUUAUGUUGUCAUGUCUCACCUGGUCCCCAUCCGAGCGCGUUAAACCAUGCAGAGCAAUUCAAAAUAUGUGGUUACGUAAUUUCUCCAAGAAAACUACGUCUGUUGCACAUUCUAGCUCAGUGGCAAACCCAUCGGAUUCAAUGUCCAGUGCUAGAAUUCGCAGCAUGGAAGUGUCUCAAUUUAUCUCGAUUAAACCGAACGACGUGCACAAUGGAAAUUUGGAAAGCCGAAAUACCGCUCCCAAGGAACUUCCAGUUCUUGUACCCCGUCGACGUAAACGCCUGGGCAAUUUGUUUUCCGAAAGUCUUCUUUUUCGGCCAACAAUUAAUUUGGAUAUAGACAGAACGACACUAAGUACUAAUGCACCAAAUACAACCACAGGUGAAACCAAAGGGAAUCCGGAAGCUGACCCAUCUGGGAAAAUGUCCCGUUCGCCACCUAGGUUCACCAAGAUUAUUUCCCCUGGACACUUCUCCGCAGGAGGCUUUGAGGGUGUUAGUACGGGUAUUUCUGGAGGUGGUGCAGGUGCUCUUGGCGGUAGUACAGGAGGAGGUUUAACAAUUAAUACCAUAUCAAUUUCCCCAAAUAAAUCUCUAAAAACCUCUGAACCAUCGAGUCAUUUUCCUGAUGACCCACAAUCUAAUUCAUCCAGCAAGCGAGUAACGUUGAUUUAUCCCCCAGAACCAAAUGUUUAUGAUAAUCGACCAGAUGACAGGCAUCAAAUUAAUCAGUCCAUGGAGAAUUUAUCUAUGAAAACGACGCAAACCAAGCCGGUUCUUCGCUCCCGUGGUAGCAUGCCAUUGAAUACGGUUGGUGUGAACUAUUCAUUUGGACACAACGAGUCACUUGGUGCAUCCAGUCGCUACGCAAACAAAAAUGAGACAAAUGGUCCUGCCACUCAAAGUGCCCGAAACUCACAGGUGAUCUUUCACAGUUCCACUGGAAUGCGCCCGUUCUCCGAGUACUAUAACAAGACGGAAGCCGAGUCUACGAAUCAGGACGGGUGCAGUCAAGAUCAGUCGGCAAAACUGAGCGGUUCUGUACCUUAUUUAAACUCUACCACAACUAUUGAGAAACCUGUGAUCAGUAGACAAACCUAUCGUCAAGCUCCACCGUACACACAAGAGUAUAACACAUCCGGAUACAGUACAAACCAAUCAAAUCACGCACAGCAAGUACUGAUCAAGAAACUGACAGAACAACCGCUCUAUUCAACUGUGACAAGCACACCUUCGACGUCCACAAACUGCUCACGACUUUUGCAUGUAAUUCGUCCAAUUAAUGCACACAAGUCCAGUCCUCCUUCAACUAACGGACAUCACCAGCAUCAUCAUCACCAACUGAAUUCAAAUGAGCCCCGUCUAAUUCGAAUCAGUAAUGCACGCCAGGCAAAUAUGAUUCAGAUAACUGAUGACGUUGAAGCACAUGAUGGAAACAACAGCUCCUGGGAUUCCGAAAAGUCGUCCAGUUCGUACAAAUCCAUCGCCCGACUGGAUCCCCUGGCUCCCGACAUCGUAUCCAAACCGGCAACGCAUGAUGUCGUCCUUGUGNUGAAUCCGUCUCAUACUACUGGGCGAUCAGAUAGUAUGACUAAUCUCAAUGCCUACACCAGUGUAUGGGCUCCGCAACCAUAUUAUCAACCUUCUCAUCUGAAUAAUGUGGUCUAUCGACGUGUGAGUGGCUCUUAUCACCGUGGCCCAACAAUCGAAAUUCAACCUUACUCUCAUUUUCCCGACUAUUAG